UCCGGCUAGCUUUCUGUUAGCUCCGCGUAGGCCGAGACUUUUCCUGUCAGUCUGUCCAAUCAGAUUCACUGACAGGCGGCUGCUACGUCCUCAUACAACAAGAAAAAAAAAAGUGUGUGGGUCAAAAGUUGUGUGCGGCGUGGAGACUCAACGAAAGAGGAAGAAACUUUUCUUUUUUUUUGUUUGAGUUUGUGUCAGCGACGAAGGAGUUGGAUGAGUUCAACGACGCGGGCAGGACUCGGUCUGGAGAUGUCCGCGGCGACACGGCUCGGUAAAAUAGCUUCACGUUGUAACCUUUGUGCGGCGCUAUGGGUGUCAAACCCGGCUGUGUUUCCACCGACUACCGCCGCUGCUGCUCCGGGUAACACUUGUUAGCAAUGCCACGCAGGCAGCUGACUUCUCCAAAGACGAGAAAACUUUGCCUGCAACUCAGGAGCGGCACACACAGUAUGAUACUCUAACGCUUUCUGUGACUUCCACUUAUUUCUUGUUUAAAUUUUUUUUUUAAAACCUGAGAAUGAUGAAGAUUAGGAGAUACUUGAGGGGGAGUGGGAGGGUACUCGCGUUUGUCUUCAUCGCCUCUGUCAUCUGGCUGCUGUUUGACAUGGCUGCACUGCGUUUGUCCAUAAACGACGUGAACAGCCAGCUGCUGAAGGAGAGAGUCAUAAAGGAAAGGGAGAUUUACAGACAGCAGUCCAGGGUGACCCAGCUGAUGAAAAGGGGCUUUAAACACCCAGUCCAGAGGGUCGACCUUGCUGUUACAUAUGCUGGGAAAGGACCACUCAAUGCAAGCAUCAAACUAGCCCAAGUGUACAGACAGGGAGGCAAGAAACAGGAGGACAUGAAGAGGAGCUCACUCCAGCACAGAGGAGAUGAUCUCCUCAAGACUGAGCAACCUAAACCAGGAGGAGCCGCUUUCCAAAAGGUCACGCCAAAGCAGGGCGAUCCUGCCAAGAAAAAAGCAGUCGACUUGGAUUUUAAUGGGACAAAAUUAGAGAAAAGUAAAGCGAUAGACGGCUCCAGUAGAAAAGGGGAGAUACCUGUAGCUGUGUCAAAUAUAACCCGAGUGGAAAACAAACAUGCCACCGCACACGCACCAAAGAAGGGGGAUGUUGUGCAAAAUGUUCUGGGCAAAGGCGAUCCAAAGAUCAAGGAUGAAGUUAAGAGCCAGGCUGGAACAAAAGAGGAGACGAACCCUGUUAAAACAUCUAAACCUUCGAUCAUUGAGGCAGACAAAAAUGUGGUGAGUAAUAAUAAAACGGUGGAGAAACGCGUUACUGCGACCACCAAGAGUGAUCCGAAUGCAGCGAAAGAAACUCCAAAACCUGCAAUCAAGCUCCAGGCAGCAGAGCACUCCAAGGACAACAGCACCGCUGGCAGGAAACCAGGCGUCCACAAAGUGAUUUCUCUGGACGUGACCGACACUCCCAGAGAUGCCAACGCGGUGGGCCAGUUUGGUCAGGCGGCACUCGUCGCCAGCAGCGAAGAUGCAGAGGUGAGGAAGAGGUGGGACGAAGGGCAUUUUAACGUCUACCUGAGCGAGAAGAUCCCAGUGGACCGUGCAAUCCCAGACACCAGGCCCGAGAUGUGUGCGCAGAAUCUGGUCCACGAUGACUUGCCUUCCACCAGUGUGAUUUUCUGUUUCGUGGAUGAAGUGUGGUCCACGCUCCUCCGCUCUGUGCACAGCGUGCUCAACAGAUCCCCCCCACACCUCCUCAAAGAGAUCAUACUGGUGGACGAUUUCAGCACCAAAGACAUUCUGAAGGAGCCGCUGGAUAAGUACAUGUCCAAGUUUCCCAAAGUGCGAAUCAUUCGUCUGAAGGAGCGAGAGGGCCUGAUCAGAGCCAGGCUGGCUGGAGCUGCUGUAGCCAAAGGUGAGGUUCUUACCUUCCUCGACUCCCACGUGGAAUGCAACGUGGGAUGGCUUGAGCCACUGUUGGAAAGAAUCUAUCAGGAUCGCAAGAAGGUGCCAUGUCCAGUUAUUGAAGUUAUCAGUGAUAAGGACAUGAGUUAUAUGCUGGUUGACAACUUCCAAAGAGGUAUUUUCAAAUGGCCUUUGGUGUUCGGCUGGAGCGCAUUACCAGACGAGUACAUUAAGAAGCAUAACAUGACCAUCUCAGAUCCAAUCAGAUGUCCAGUUAUGGCCGGAGGCCUUUUUUCAAUAGACAAAAAAUACUUCUAUGAGCUCGGUGCCUAUGAUCCUGGUCUCGACGUGUGGGGUGGGGAGAACAUGGAGAUUUCAUUUAAGAUUUGGAUGUGCGGAGGUGAAAUCGAGAUCAUCCCCUGCUCGCGAGUGGGACACAUCUUCCGAGGACAGAAUCCUUACAAAUUCCCCAAAGACAGGCAGAAGACAGUGGAGCGCAACCUGGCGAGGGUGGCGGAAGUCUGGCUGGAUGAGUACAAGGACCUUUUCUACGGUCACGGGUACCACCACCUGCUGGAUAAGAAGGUCACUGACAUCGGCAACCUCACCGAGCAGAUUGAGCUGAGGAAGAAGCUCAAAUGCAAGAGCUUCAAGUGGUACCUGGAGAACGUGUAUCCAGAUAUGAACGCUCCUCUCGUCAAAGCUGAGGGCCUGAUCUUUAAUCGUGGCGUGAGAAAAUGCCUCACUCUGCAAAAAGACCGUCUGCUGUUUGAGACGUGUGAUCUCAGCAAACAGAGUCAGCACUUUAAUUACACCUGGAUGAGGCACGUUCGCCAGCAGGACAUAUGCUUCGCUCCCCAAGGAAAAGGCAACGGCUUUGCUUUACAGUUGUGUGACAACACCAAGGCUGAACUCCGCUGGUUCCACAAAUCAUCCAACUCAGCUCUGGCGGAGCACCUCAUAGCGGAGUAUGUGUCCCACCACAUGUGCCUGGAGGCGGGGGCCCAGGGCGACACUCUUCGCAUCGGUCCAUGUGAACCCAGCAAUGCCUUCCAAAAGUGGCAAUUCACACACUACCACGCUCAGUGACGAGACUUGAAACGAGUGUCAAAACAUGCACUAUGGAGACCGUCAGUGGCCUCACACUUACAGUACGGUCUGUGGACCAGACUCAGCAUACGACUCUCCAAAGGAGGUGGGAAGCACUUCGGUGGCAGUAAUGUGUGCGGUGUAAAGCAAACGGUGUGGGAAUGUGCAAUGUUUCUAAUGUCCUGUUUUUGUAUUAUAUCAGCACGGACUGAUAUUGAGUUUAAAGCCUAGUGCCAGAAGAACGAGUGAAUCUUCUCUUUUUAUGAAGAUCUGGAGUUUGCUAAGUUUAAGAAAAAGAUUUCCUACAGCGGUGUAUGUGGGGAUGAAGACUAAAGGGCUUCAGGUGAAUGUCUAUGGAAGAACAUUCCAUCUAAUAAGUUCUCGAUCUCAACAUAUUUCACUGCCAAAGAUAAACAGUGCCUCACAGAUUUGAGAUGUUUUUGUGUUUUUCUUUGCUCUGCUGGGACUGGAUAAUAAGUUUAAUUGCAUGUAAUGAAGAAUUUAUUCAUUUGUAUUAAAUUUUUUUUGGUGAGACAUCUUUUCUAGAUGUCAUAUACACUUGGGUGCUGCUUUUCUGGUUUUAGAUGAUGCAAUGUAUGGGUGUAGGUUUUGUUGUGAAAACUUUUUUUUUUUUGUAUGAAUUUCUUCUUGUCACUAGAGGGAAGUGUUGGUUCAAAAAAUCCAAUAAACCUGUGCUGUGAUUUCAUGAUUGUGACAAACCACAUAAGUGCUUUUUUAAAUGAUUAUUUCUUGAAGUAAAAAUAGAACGAUAAAAGUUUUAGAGCAUGUACCACUUUUAUUUGUUUCUUAUCCACUAGCCAUUAGGACAAGCAGGUAUGUAUGUUUAGUAAAUCACUCAAAUACUGAAGCUCUAAAUCCAAACAACAUCUCACUUAUUAUAGGUAGCAGGAUUAUAAAGCCCUGAGCUUCUUAUGUAUUUAAGCUGUUGUUUAAGUACCUGCCUUACAUAACAAGAUAUUUUCGCUGUAAAACCACCAAAUA